AUGCGGCCGCUUGGCACUGACGAGGAGAACGAAGGCCUUGUUUUCGUGCAUAUCUCCCGGCCGGAUGAUCUGAAAGCCAGGGGUACACGGCGUACAAUCCGCCAGAAAGCCAUGCGAGAAAUUGGAAAGUCUCGGCGAUCUCGCAAGAGACCGCAAACAUGGGAGCUGUCCCUAAAAGAACAACCCCCUGAGGACGAUGGGCUAUCGACAACCUCAUCGCAGAGCACACUGACUCCAUGUUCCCCACGAAAGCCGAUCGCGUUCGACCCGCACAAUGCGUCAUACUACCCAAUCCAACUAGACGACCGAAUUAUGCAGCUCAUUCAUUUCAUGAGCGCCGAUUCAGACUAUGUAUUCCGACCGUUUCGAGCGAUCUGGUUCUCGAUGGCCAUGACGGACGCUAGCGCCUUCCUUGUAUCUCUGGCCAACGCUGCGAUGUUCCUGGAUCAAAUCUAUCAACGAAAGGCAUACCAAUAUGAAAAGAGCGUUGAGUGCUUGACGUACUAUGGCAAAUGCGUCAAGGAGGUAACGCGCCGACUGGAGAAUUCGAAGGAUCGCCUGAGCGCAGGACUUAUAACAACUAUUCUGGGCUUUAUGUCGGGACUUUGGCUCGCUCACGGGCUCAUCUGGAGGGAGUCCAGCGGAUCAUCCAGGUGCGAGGAGGAUACGACGGGCUUCACGAGACUACCCCGCUUUUCAUUCCUUGGUAGCUCCUCUGACCUGGAGAAGUUGGCAGAUGCUAAUACCCUCAGGUUCGAUGUAAUCAUAAGCGUGGUUGAGGAUCUUUCUCCCCGAUCUGCCGGUUUUGACCCGAGCGUAUCGAAACUGUCGGAUAACAUCGAGAUCCACACCCCUCCGUUCUUGAGAUAUCUAGUUUCGGAUAUUGCGCUGCACCACCCAGAAUUUGAUCAUGUUGAUACGGCAUUCGAAAAGCUCGCAGUCACGGUCAAGCAUCUGAAUGAUAAUGCGCACCAGCCCCCGGGGUACUGGAAAAACGAGGAAAACACCAUCUCCAUUAAACUGUUCGGACCAGUCACACAUUAUUUGCUGUCGAUGGAUAGGCCGGUUUAUCCACCAAAGACUCAGCCCUCGAUCAAGGAUGAGCCGUCCAGCGACGAUGACAAAGGAGUGAACGCAGCCAAGUCCGCCGAGUUCACGAGAGAGAUGAUCCGACUGUCAAUACUCAUCAUGCUCGCAACAAUCAAGAACAAUAUGUUUCAAUUGGCCGCGCGAGAGGCGAUGUUCCUCCGUGAAAAGCUGUCAAAGGUGAUUGACUACCUUCGAGGCAUCCGAAGUGCCUCAACUUCUCUGUGGAAAGUGCAACUCUGGUCCUUGGUUAUUGUUUCGCUGGUGGAGAUGUCAGACCCAAUCUCUGUUCCGGGAGAAGCAGGAUACGUUGAUGAUAUCUGCCGACUGAUGGAGCUGCUCUGCAUCAUGACGGGUUGCGAGGCCGUGGGUCUGGUGAAAGACAUGCUCUGGGUGGAAAGCAUCUGGGACGCGGUGACUGUGGAUGACCUCGUCUCUCAGAUUGACAGUCAUUUGUACUCGUGA